UCCAUCACCCGCCCGCCCCUGCUGCCCACUUAUACGACCCCCCCUAAGCAACUGAACUGACUUUGCCUUGUUACGGUUUGGAAAAUAUACGGCGCGUUUUUAAGAACAAUCUUUGAGCUUUUAUCCUGCUCAGGAAAACCAGGGUCGUUGUUAGGUGCUUAUUUUUUUCUCUUUUUUGUCUCUGUUCUUUUCCAAUAGGAAAAGGAUUGCGGAAAAGAGUCAGUCAAGCGACGUGAAGGAAUAAAAAGAGUGUGAAAGCGGCGACAGCAACACUCUCACUCGCGCAGAGAGAGAAGAGGAGCAAAAAAAAUGUCUCGCACAUUACCCAACAUCAUCAUCACGGGCACGCCGGGCGUCGGCAAGACGAGCCACUGCGAGCUGCUGGCCGAACGCACAGGCCUCAGGCACGUCAGCAUCAACCAGAUCGUCAAGGACCGCGAGUGCCACGAGGGCUGGGACAAGGAGUACGAGAGCUGGAUUGUGGACGAAGACAAGCUGCUGGAUGCCAUCGAAGACGACGCCAAGAAGGGCGGAUGCAUUCUCGACUGGCACGCCUGCGACCUGUUCCCCAAGAGCUGGAUCGACCUGGUUGUGGUGCUGCGGGUGGGAUCGGCGACGCUCUACGACCGGCUCAAGCUCAGGAACUACCCCGAGAUCAAGCUGCAAGAGAACAUUGACUCGGAGAUUAUGGACGUUCUGUACCAGGAGGCGCUCGAGUCGUAUGAUGCCGAGAUCGUCGUCGACCUGCAGAGCAACACGUCCGAGGACAUGGACGCGAACCUCGACCGCAUCGAGGCCUGGCUGAAGCAGUGGAAAGAAGACAAUGCGCAGGCGACGUAAGGCGUCUCUGGCAGUGUCCUUUGGGUGGUUUGGGAAGGGGGGGGGUUGUAAGAGGACUGGAUGGAGCUAUUGCCCGUUUAUGUCAGGCAUUCUAGGCAGUCUAGACACGAAAUCCUCACUUGCAUUUUCCAUGCGAAAUCUAGUUUCUUCAUAUUGAUACAUGAUAGCAACACUUGCUUAGUUCGGCGCGACUGGCAUUGGCAACCACAGAGGAAUAUGCAUCAAUCGAGGUUAAUCAGUGUCCAAAGCAAAACCGUUAUCGGCGGGUUCUUGGC